CUCGGAGAAGCAGCACGGCUUCAUAAUAGGUUAUUCUUGUCUCACUAAUUUAUUAGUGGCUCGUGAAAGCUGGUGCGCUCUUAAGGACCAAAAGCUACCUGUAGACGUCGCCUUCAUUGAUUUCAGUAAAGCUUUUGACAAAGUUUAGCACAACCGGCUGUUAUAUAAGUUAAGAGAAGUCGGGAUUGGAGGCAAUUUAUUGAUGCGGAUAAAAGACUUCUUAGUUGGGAGUCAACAAAGAGUAAGGGUGAACUCAAAGUUAUCUAGCUGGGAAACUGUACUUAGUGGAGUGCCCCAGGGUACAGUUUUGGGGCCAGUGCUAUUCCUCUUGUAUGUAAAUGACCUUCCUUGUCUCCUAUCAUCAUCGGUCUUGCUAUAUGCUGACGAUGUCAAGAUAUGGAGAACGAUACGAUGUAAGAGUGAUAGCUUAGAACUUCAAAACGACCUGAAGAAGUUAUCUGAAUGGUCUCAAACAUGGCAGUUGCCGAUAAAUACUUCCAAGUGUGUUGUGAUGCAUAUCGGUCAUCAAGGCACAGAUACAUACACGAUGAAUAACACUGAGCUACCUGUCGUCCAGACAUAUAAUGACUUAGGAGUUAUCGUUAGUCAAGACUUAAAGACUACUGCACACUGCCGUGCAAUAGCCCCCAAAGGUUUUAGAACCUUAUGGUCAAUACGUAGAGCUUUUAGUCAUGUCGACGCCAAAACGUUUUUGACUUUGUAUACAGUGUUCGUUCGUCCUACACUUGAGUACUGCAUACAAGCGGCUAGCCCUUGCUUAGAAAAAGACAGUGAGCUUCUGGGAUAGGUUCAGAGAACGGCGACUAAGCUGAUUCCCGGUAUAGCAAAGCUUCCGUAUGAAUCUCGACUGGCCAAGCUGAAGCUUUUCCCGUUGUCAUAUCGCAGAACUAGAGGCGACUUGAUUACAGUUUUCAAAUUGCUUAGUGCCAAAUUUGCACCUGAUAUGCCCUCAUUUUUCUUGUCUUCCAAAACAGAGAAUUUAUGAGGACACUCCAAAAAAGUUCAUAAGCCGAGAACAAAUUACUUGUCAGCUGACCAUCGACUUUCCCAUCGAAUCAUCAACGAGUGGAAUUCACUACCUCAGCACGUGGUUGAGGCUCUAUCCGUCGAUUCUUUCAAAAGAAAGUUGGAUCAACUGAGAGACCACCAUUGCCAGGACUAACACAGGCAACCAAGUCUCCUGUCCUUUCCAAACUGAAACUGAAACAAAUACUUUGUGAUAAAUGGGAUACAACAAGUCGGCCUGUAGAACUAAUAUUCACUUUGCCUUGAACACUCUAGUUGGCAUCUUAUUACUUGGGGUGUUUCUAAUAAUCAACCAUUUUUAUCGACGACUUCGAAAAGUAUUCUUCAAAUUCAGAAGCGAUUAUAUACUCCCCGGGGAGUAUGAACCACGGCCGUGGUUCAUUAUAUGACUAUAUUGUUGACACAGGCAGUAUAGGGUUCAUUAUCUCAUUCAAAAACCAAAAGUCUUUAUAUUAUGCUGUAAUAUGACUUAGUGAAGUUUUGGCAUUAUGUAUUACUGUACUAUACGGGUAUGUUGUGGAUUAUUUAUAAAAGAUGAUAGUUCUUCAUACCUGCCCUGUUUUUAGUAGGUGAGUCAAGACCUGACUUUAUUAGUCCCCAAAGAAAACUCUGACGCUUUACUUAAAUGUUUGGUAGUGUAGCGGUAAAUAAAUCCCUAAAAUAAAUAGCUCUGCAAGUUUUCGACAUUGUAUGCUGACAACAUUAACUUUAAUGGACUCACCUAGUUGAAGGCGCUCGGUGAUGCAUCCGCACCAGAUCACAAGUGGGAACGCCGUGCUCAACAAUCCCUGCAAUCGCUAGCCAGAUUAGAUCAGACGCUCCUCUAUAUAUUGAUAGCCUAUCAAAUAUAUAUUCGAACCUCCUCGCUUCUGUCUUUUGAUUUCAAUUGGUGGGUACGAUUCAUGUUGGAAGGUGUUACUGAUUAAGGCGUUGUCAAAUUCCGAAAAUCUGUGGCAUCUUCAGUAGCUACGUGUACUAACUGCAGUGGGUGGAUAAGGAUUCAGCCAAUAAAACAAUAAAUACUAGAUAAUUCAGUUUUUCUGUAAAGAAAAAUCCACUUCAAUGCUUCUGAAAAGAAUAGUUACUCAGUUCCAUUAAGUUCGCUAAAACGUUUAUCUGUUGAAUAUUAAAAGAUUGAAGUUCAGAUGAUAUUUUGUCAACUGGACUCAAUAAUUAAACAUUCUGUGUUAUUUUUGUCUAAUCAGAAGUUUCUUCCUGAUGUUAAUGUGUAUUGUCUUUAUUUUUUUAUGUAAUAUAAAAUUUUAUCUGAUGACUUGUUUUAACCGAUUUACAUUUUAUCUUAGUCCAAUAUAAAGUGAUUCAAAAAAUAAGAUUAUAUUACUAAUUUUAUACAUGAUUCAUGAUACUGAUAACUUACCACAAUCUGGAAACACACGCAACUACGUGGAUCUUUUGUGGGAUACUUUUGUCAAAAGUUUGUCCAUUGAAGAUCUCACUUCUAACUGAUAUCAUUCUAAUUUACCAUAAACAAAAACUACUUAUUUUCUAUUGCUUUUAUCGCAGUAAAAUAAGCUGAUAAAUCCAAUUUUUCACAUGCUGGUCUCUCAACUGUACGACACAAGUGGUGUUUUUUGCACCCACUAUUUGGAGUUGUUUACCCACUUUGAGAAACUGAGUAGAUUCAUUAUUCAGUAAAUGAUUAAGACCAGUCGAUUAUCAUUGUUUCCUCUUAUCUAUAAAGGUGUAGUUUAAGUAUAAUAAACUAAAAAGUCUGUAUAUGUAGUUAGUCUGAAUCAUAACCGUCAUUACUAAUUUUUAGUGAGUCUAAAAGUUAUUAUAAUUGAUGAGUAUUAUUCAUACCUACCUCGAGAAUAAUAUGAUAUUGUCUAGGUGAACCAUUAAGUUCUAAUCUGACUCUAAAGGCUGAUGUUACACACUACCACUUUUUAGACCAGAUGGUUUGAAAUUAGGAAUCAGUUUCAGAAGUUUAUCAAAACGUAUAAAAACAUAUUAUCCGAUAGACACUCCUGGAAAAUGACUUCCUACACAGGUUCAUUGAUUGUAAUCUAAAAUCAAAAAGUCAAGCUGAAAAUACUCC